AUCCCAAGGCCUCUCUGAACGCAUUCACUGUCAGUCUCUGAACGAUUAUAUCUGUCAGUCCGAAUGAAUCCCAUUCUCCCCGAGCACCUUCCCCCCCUGACAUCCGUCGUGUUUCAUUGUUGUUGAACGGACGAUAAGGGAGAUAGACGACACGCAAGAAUCCAUUAAAUUCUCGCCUUCCGCAUGAAUUCAUCACCUUGCUACUGAUACCUGCGCGAGCCGUGGCGCCAUUCGCAUGCGUUCGCAUGUUUCGAGUUUCAUCCCGAGGCUCCAGCCAGCAUCUGGCUGCGCCCCUCAACCCCUCCGAAUGUCAGUCGCCACGUGACAGCUCAAUGUCGCAUCCCACGUCGCAGCCCUCGUCGCGACCCUCGUCGCAAUACCCAUUGUCGCAGCUCUUGUCGCAGCAGCACCAUGUGCGAGCGUUCUGGCGAGCAGUCGUCGCCAACAGAGCCGAUUGGCUGCUGCUCCUCGCCUUGCUCCCACUCAACAUCGCCCUGUCGCUCUACCUGCCUCCUUAUAGGCGCUUCAUCCCACCCGAAAGCCUCCAUUCUCCACGGUAUCCGGUUAUCGAUAAUGCAGGGACGGCCGCCAACCUGUUUAUGGCUGCUUCGCUGCUGGCUCCACUUGCCGUAUUUCCCCUGGUGCUCCUCCCGCAAAGAAGCAUACUGGAACUGCACAAGUCUAUACUCGGGCUGCUCUCAGCCGUUCAAACCACUUGGCUGACCGCCACUCUCCUGCAGUGCGCCGUUGGAAGACCUCGCCCCAACUUCCUCUCAGCGUGCUUGCAUGGCAGCCAACCGGUGGUCUCGCCAUCAGCCGGUAUCACCUGUAUGCUCCCUGCUGCCGACCUUGAUUACUACCGCAAGAGCUUCCCCUCGGCCCAUGCCGCGAUCAGCUUCUCAGCUGCAAUUUUCCUCCUCCUGUUCCUCUCCCAAGUUACCCGACAGUCAAUUCCCCAGCGGCCUUUCUCCCCCAACUACUCACCAAGGCAGCGCCUCUCCCCUCACCUUUACCAACACAAUCAAUCCCACCAGUGUUCCAGUCAACCCCCGCAGUCUCUUGAGCAUGCACAUGCGAAUGCAAGAUCCUCCCCUCACCCUGUUACCUUUGAGUCCACUCAAAGGCAGCAUCAAUCUACUGCUGCCAUCCUCUGGGACUCUCUCCACGUCAGCCAUCUCUGGCGCCUGCCAGCUGUCGCGUGGCCGUUGGCUCUCGCUGCGGGUGCCGGGCUUGCUGACCUGGACACGUACAGUAACGCCCCGGGAGACAUAGUUGCAGGGGCGGCUCUAGGCACACUCCUAGGCGUUGUCGCACACUGGAAGGUCUUCUCAGAUCCUUCCUCUGCAUCCGUGUCAAGAGUGUCGCCCUUGCUAGGCUUUGAGCGACUAAGAGAAAAUUCCCCCCCACCCGAGCCUCUCUCUGCCGAUGCACAUCUUGAAGUAUCGGACGUGCCAGCGGUUGUAGCAGCCGACGAGCCGGCAGUGGGCAGCAAGGGAGGGAGUAGAGCAAACCUCCUGCAGCUAGAAGAGGGUGGUGAUGGGCAGGGAUCCAUAGAUCGAGAAGAGCAUCAUCAACAAGGGCAGCAGCAACAGCAGCAGCAGCAACAGCAGAGGGCGCUGCGGAUUCAGGGGAAACAUCAAGAGGAGAAGCAGAAGCACCUAGGGAGGGGUGAAAAUCCGGUGCCUUUGGCUACCACACAAGGCCCCCCAGAUGCCGUCGACUUUCGGUGCAUGAACCCGAUAGGCUUUCUAACCGGGCAGCAAAAAGUUUUCACGCUGCCCGUCCCACAUGCAGGUGCAGCGAGGGGGAGUGGGGGUUCCUUUGUGCAGCGGCAGCAGCAAGAGAGACCGCAGGAGCCGGUGUACGAAGCCCCACUCCCAGACCACCAGUUAAUAGAUGUAGUAGAGCGGGCUCGUGUGGAGACGACCUGAGUGGAUGUUACGACAUGUUGGGCUGAGAAAAAGCCUUAGGACCUUUUCAGAGACUAAGUCCCACUUGUACAAAACGCUUGAGUAGUGCAGCGGAAGUGUUGAGUAGUUGAACCCUUGCACUAGUAUGU